CGCCUCAGUGUCAUCGCAAGCGGUUGUUGUCAAACACGGGAAAGCCAGCGGUGUGAGUGACAGGCCUCAUCAUGCAGCUGCUAGUCGACGCUCUAAAAUGGUUCGGAGUCGAGGCGAGUGGACAGUCCGUGUCUGUGUGUCUUUUUCUUCUGUUCCUCAGCCUCCUUUACUGGUACUCCAUCUCCCCUUACUCCGUCUUGGAACGAUGUGGCAUCAAGCACCCGAAGCCCUCACCGUUUUUUGGGAACCUCAUGAUGUUUCGAGACGGUUUCUUCAAGGCACAGGCUGACCUAAUAAAGACAUACGGACGAAUUUGUGGUUAUUAUAUAGGCCGGCGGCCUAUAGUGAUCAUAGCAGACCCAGAUAUGCUCAGACAGGUGAUGGUGAAGGAAUUCAAUAAGUUUCCCAACAGAAUGACUGUCAGGGGCAUCACUAAACCUAUGAGCGACAGUCUGAUCAUGCUGAAGGGCGAACAGUGGAAACGAGUACGCAGCAUCCUCACGCCGACCUUCAGUGCUGCCAAGAUGAAAGAGAUGGUUCCCCUCAUCAACACGGCCACAGAGACGUUAGUGAAAAACCUAAAGAGCCACGCUGAGUCCGGUAACAGCUUCAACAUCCACAAGUGUUUCGGCUGCUUCACAAUGGACGUAAUUGCCAGUGUGGCGUUCGGUACGCAGGUGGAUUCUCAAAACAAUCCUGAUGACCCUUUUGUGCACCAAGCCUCCAAGUUCUUCGCUUUCACCUUCUUCAGACCUGUCAUGAUAUUCUUCAUGGCAUUUCCAUUUCUCCUUCAGCCUCUUGCUGGACUUCUUCCUAAUAAAUCAAGAGAUGAGAUGAACAGCUUUUUUAUCAAAUGCAUCCAGAAAAUGAUUAAACAGAGAGAUGAUCUUCCCCCAGAACAGCGGAGGCGAGACUUCCUGCAGCUGAUGCUGGACGUCAGGGCCACCAACAAGCAUUUGUCUGUGGAGCACUUUGAUGUGGUCAAUGACGCAGAUGAGCAGGAUUGCACCGAUCAGGGAAUGGACAACGGACAGGAAAAUGAACCUGGACAUGAGUCCACCAAACGCACCCAGCAGAAGAGAAUGAUGACUGAGGAUGAGGUUGUCGGUCAGUCCUUCAUCUUCCUGUUGGCCGGCUACGAAACAAGCAGCAACACACUAGCAUUCGCAUGCUACCUGUUGGCGCUCCAUCCAGAGUGCCAGAAAAAACUCCAAGAGGAAGUGGAUGAAUUCUUCAGCAGACAUGAGACUGCGGAUUACAACAAUGUCCAAGAGCUGAAGUAUUUAGACAUGGUCAUAUGUGAGUCGCUCAGACUCUACCCACCUGCAUUCAGGGUUGCACGAGAUGUUGAUCAAGACACUGUGGUGAAUGGUCAGCUUUUGCCUAAAGGAUCGUCUCUCGAAAUACCUGCAGGUUUCCUUCACUAUGACCCAGAGCACUGGACUGAACCUGAGAAAUUCAUCCCGGACAGGUUCACUCCAGAAGCCAAGGCCAGCCGGCACCCGUUUGUGUAUCUGCCGUUUGGAGCGGGGCCACGCAGCUGUGUGGGCAUGAGAUUGGCCCAGCUGGAGAUUAAAAUGGCUCUGCUUCACAUAUUUAGGAGGUUUAAUGUCGUGGCCUGCGAGGACACUGAGGUUCCUCUGGAGUUGAAAUCACACACCACCCUCGGACCCAAGAAUGGUAUUUUGGUCAAAAUCACCAAAAGGGAGAAUUUCGAGGAUGAGUCUUAAUGGUGUUAGGUGUCAGUUUUGACGGUUUGAUUCUAAUCAGUUCUAAUCAGAUUAUUUAGAAUGGAUCUAAAAUUUAAACUCUUAUUUUGGAAUCAUCUGUCACAAAUAAGGCACAGAUAUGAGGAAAGUAUCACAUGGUAAACACAACAGCUGUUCUAGUACAUACUGUGGAUGUCAAUCUAGUGACACUGUCUACCUUUAUAUUUCUCACCUUUUAAAAAGAAAAACACCUAGAGAUGAUUAACAGCACAAAUGCACAUUAAUUUUUUUACUGACACUAAUGAUAAGUCCUUUAAAGAGAAAGCUGACCCAAAAAUGAAAAUUCUGUCAUUACUCAUCCUCAUGUUAGUUCCAAACCCUUGAGACCUUUGUUCAUCUUCGGAACACAAAUUAAGAUAUUUUUGAUGAAAUCUGACGCUUUCUGUUUCUGUUUUUUGUUUUCGCUGCAUGCAAAAAGUAUUCUUGUAGCUUCAUAACAUUGCGAUGAACCACUGAUGUCACACGGACUUUUUUAACAAUGUCCUUACUACCUUUCUGGGCCUUCAACAUGCCAGUUGCGCUGCUGUCUGUGCAGGGUCAGAAAGCUCUUGAUUUCAUCAAAAAUAUCUUAAUUUGUGUCCUUACGGAUUUAGAACGACAUGAGGGUGAGUAAUUAAUGACAGAAUUUUCAUUUUUGAGUGAACUAUCCCUUUAAAUGUAAAUACAUACAUUUUGAUUUAGAUGUAAAUGAUUUGACAGAACAAAUGGAGUCUUGCCUUACUGGCAGCAAGAUAUUUGAUCUUUUGAUGAUUAUGCUAUUAUUUUGCAUACUUGUUUAUAUUACAAGCUGAAAUGAAAUCCCAGAAUGAUGUGAUUUUUAAGGUUUGGGUAUACAGAGUGUGUGGCCAGUUGAAUGUGAUUGUUUACUCCAUUUAUGAACUACAUUUUCAAAUGCAUUGAAAUCAAAAGUAGUACAGAUGACUUAAAUAGUGCAUCAGUCAGAAUACAUGUAUUUUUCUUCAAUUACACAUUUCAUUUGAUAUCAAGCACUCAACUUUUUGAUAUCAGAGGCUUGAUUAUAACAGAAGAACAACUCUUUGAGAGCUUGUCUGGGUGAAUAAAACCAGCUUACUGUAAAAAUGGACAUUUCUUGGCCAGAAAAAGCUGCUAAGUGGAAAAGAGUCACAGGUUAGUUACCACAAGAUGUUUUCCAAAACUUCACUUCUCUGUUUGACCACUAGAGGUCAUAGUGACUAGAUUAUUAUCUGUGAUUUCCUGGUAAAUUUCCUGUUUCCUCUUGCCUGUUUUUUUUUAAUCUGCGAUUUUGUUUUGGAUAUUAAAUGCUGCAGUUUGUUCCUAA